UUACUACGUAAUGCGAUCAGUCGAAAUCGUGUCUGCUUGCAGUGUUGUUUGAUUAUCCACCAUUUUUAAUUGCUCAUAUUUUUCGAGUGUUAUUAUACUCCUGUUUACCUUACUCAUUUUAUUUUUUUUAAUCUUUUUCUUCUACUUUUUAUUCUUCUUUGUGUGCUGUUUCCUCAAGGGAUCAACACGAAGUUGAAAUUUGUUGAAGAGAAAGAGGGAAAAACAAAAGAAAAGACACUCGAGAAACACAAACAACGAAAAGAAAGAAAGAAAGUAUUUAUCAUCUUCGGUGUGAAAAUAAAAAAUAAAAAAGAGAGAAAGAUAAAGAUAGAAAAAGUGGUGUCCUAUGCGUUUGUUUGAGAUAAAAAGAAAAACUUCGGAAGGAAGCGUUGAGAGAAGGGAAAGAGGAGGUGGAGGAGGAGGAGGAAGCGGGCAUAUAUGAAAACUUACCGCGAGGAUAAUCAUCAAUAUUUUAGGGUUACCUCGAUCAUCAUCGUCAUGAAGUAAAAUAACCGAAGGGAAGGACUACCAAAUAUUUAUUUCCUCUUAUCGAGGAAAGAGACGAGAGAAAAAUACGCCGGCCAAGAGGCGCGGCAACGAAUUCAGCCCCAAGCGACCGAACUGAGUCCUCAGUGUAGGCUAGUCGGCUCGCUCAAGGUGCUACUAUAGUUUUCCAAAGGCUUACCCUCCCUGAUUCUAACGAAAAAAAAACGAAAAAUAUUAAAUAACUACGAGAUUAAUACAACAGGAACAACGAAAGGAUAAUGUUAAUGAAAUUGUCUUGUAAAUUUUAUUUCUUCGUCGAAGUUUGAAACUACGAUUGAUGAUAAAAGUAAUAAGAGGAAGUUGUUUGUUAUUAUACGGUGAAAGAAUUUUAAUUCCUACUGUGAUAUCAUUAUAAUAAUAAUAUUAAUAAUAAUAAUAAUAAUAAAUAAUAAAUAGUAAGAAUAUUUUUUGGAGAAAAAAAGAAAAGAAAGAAAGAGAAAUAAACAAAAAAAAAGGGAGAGAGAAUUACACAAAGUAACAAACGCCGUCGUGAGAGAAACUAAAACUCGCCGGCGGCGAUAGUAAAAGAAAAAAGAAAAGAAAAGAAAAUAUGGCGUUAAACAUGUGCGCUCAAAAUUGCUCCGAGGAUGCAACCGGAUUCCUUUUCGAGAUGAUUUCCGGCGAUAUUUCGUUCUCCUGGAACGAGUAUUCCUAUUUUAUAGCAUACAAUCCUUGGUUCUUUUCGAUACUUGGCAGUACUAUGGUCGGGCUUGCUGGUAUAUUACCGCUUUUGGUCAUCCCAAUUGAAGAAGGAGCUGAUCUCAAGAAUGGAGCUAAUGCAGGAACAUUGAAAUUGCUUUUAAGUUUUGCCGUUGGUGGUCUUUUGGGCGAUGUUUUCUUACAUCUUUUACCAGAAGCAUGGGAAAACGAUUCCUUAAAAAGAGCUGCGAAUCCAGAUCUAUCGUCAAUGCCUUGCGGUCUUUGGGUUCUCUCUGGUUUUUUGGUUUUUGUUAUUGUUGAGAAGAUUUUUGCUUUCGAUCAUGAUCCAGAUGAAAUACAGACUGACAACGACCACCAACAACAGUCGGAGAUUAUUAAAAAAAAUCUUGAAACGGAAAAAGAAAUGGAGAAUAAUAAUUGUAUUAACGUAAUUGGGGUGAAACAAAAGAAUGGCUACGUUCGACGUUUUGUCGCUAAUGAACUUUUGGAAAUGGAACCAUUUUUGGAAAAGAAAUUAAUGAAAAAUGGAUAUACUGAGAAGGUAAAUGGUAUUACAAAAAAACCAAAAACAAAUGGUUUCUUAAAAUCAGAAUAUAAAAAUGGUAUCAUACUAUCUGAUGGUAUGUCGAUUGACGAAGUUAUGGAUUGUCUGAACAAACUUACAAAAAACAAUGGUUUUUCAUCAUCAUCACCAUCAUUAUUGAAUGGUUGUAUCAUAGACAAAAAACAAGUAUCAUCCAAUACAAAGGAAGUCUUUCAGCAAACUGUUGUCGAUACUGUUGCCCAAAAAACCAGACCAAAACACAUAGCAGGCUAUCUGAAUCUUAUGGCAAAUUGUAUCGACAAUUUUACUCAUGGAUUGGCUGUAGGAGGAUCCUUCCUCAUGUCCUUCAGAUUAGGUGCUUUAACAACCUUCGCCAUUUUGGUUCAUGAAAUUCCACACGAAGUUGGCGAUUUUGCUAUUUUACUUCGCAGCGGGUUCAGUAGAUGGGACGCUGCUAAGGCACAAAUUUUGACUGCGACUGGUGGCAUUUUUGGAUCGUUAGCUGCUCUUGUUUUUUCUGGCGGUGAAGUUGAGGCAAAAACAAGUUGGAUUUUACCAUUUACCGCAGGUGGUUUCCUCCAUAUCGGCUUAGUUACAAUUUUACCAGAACUGCUUAAAGAAUCUAGUCCAAAGGAAUCUUUAAAGCAACUCGCUACUUUGUUAUUUGGUACUACAUUAAUGGCAAUGUUAACAAUUUUAUGCGAUUAAAAAAGUAUUUCUCAUACGAUGAAAAAAUUAAUUAAUUUGAAUAAAUUAUAUAAAAAGAGAAAAAAAAGCGCAUUCAAAAUCUAUCGAUUAUAUUUUAUGAUGGUACUUUACUGAAAUACAAUUUCUUUAAGAGCACACUCUCACAUUAAAUAGUCU